UGUUGAUGGGUCACCAAACUUGCCAGCUAAUUUCCUACCAUUUGGAAAUGGAGAAAUAGUAACCCCCCGUUUGGAAAACGGAAGCUCUGAAGCCAUUACAUUACAGCUGCCUUUCAAGUUUUUCGGACGCACACACAACCAGACCUUUGUUAACAACAAUGGCCAUCUAACUUUUACUGAGCCGUUGUCCGACUACAUACCCCUUCUGAAUUCUGGAAGAGACAUCAUUGCUCCUCUCUGGACUCAACUUGACAAUCGACGUGGAGGAACUAUCUCCUGUAGAGAGGAUAGAAGCAGUGCUGUUCUGGCACUAGUCACUGCAGCUAUUGACCGAUACUUCCCUAACAUAACUUUUGUUGCUACAUCAGCUUUUGUGGCUACCUGGGAUAGUGUGCCAUACCAAAAUGGUGAAGGGGAGGUCACGUUCCAAGUGGUUUUAGUCUCCAACGUCCAUCGGUCUUUCAUCCUCAUCAACUAUGGAGACAUUGCAGAGACAGAACAAAUGUGGCAGGCUGGUUACAGUACGUUGGACUCUUUGCAUUCUUUCACAAUUCCAGUGACCAGCGCCCCAGAACUCUCAUCCAGCAGCAAUAUCAAUGUGUAUGGUCGCCGCUCUUUCCAUGUGGAUGGCUCGCCGAACUUGCCAACAAAUUUCCUCACUUCUGGGGCUGGAGACAGAGUGAACCCCCCUGCUGAGGAUGGAAGCUCCGAUGUCAUUUUCUUGCAGCAGCCUUUCAAAUACUUUGGACGCACAUACAAUCAGAUCUUCGUGAACAACAAUGGCUACUUAACCUUUACCGAGCCGCUGUCUGCCUACAACCCCAUUCUGGAUACCGCAAGAGACAUCAUUGCUCCUCUUUGGACUCGCCUUGACAAUCGACGAGGUGGAACUAUCUCCUACAGAGAGGAUACAAGCAAUGCUGUUCUGGCAUAUGUCACUGCAGCUGUUAAGCAAUACUUCCCUAACAUACCUUUUGCUGCUACAUCGGCUUUUGUGGCUACCUGGGACAGUGUGCCGUACCAUAAUGGUGGAGGGGUGGUCACUUUCCAAGUGGUUUUAGCAUACAAUGUUCAUCGCUCUUUCAUCCUCAUCUAUUAUGGAGAUGUUGCAGAAACAGUACAACCUUGGCAGGCUGGUUAUAACACUGUGGACUCUGCCAGCUCUUUCACAAUUCCAGCAGCACAUGUCCUUGAAAUCUUAUCGAGCAGUAACAUCAAUGUGACUGCUUGCUGGUCUUUCCAUGUUGAUGGGUCACCAAACUUGCCAGCUAAUUUCCUACCAUUUGGAAAUGGAGAAAUAGUAACCCCCCGUUUGGAAAACGGAAGCUCUGAAGCCAUUACAUUACAGCUGCCUUUCAAGUUUUUGGGACGCACACACAACCAGACCUUUGUUAACAACAAUGGCCAUCUAACUUUUACUGAGCCGUUGUCCGACUACAUACCCCUUCUGAAUUCUGGAAGAGACAUCAUUGCUCCUCUCUGGACUCAACUUGACAAUCGACGUGGAGGAACUAUCUCCUGUAGAGAGGAGAGAAGCAGUGCUGUUCUGGCACUAGUCACUGCAGCUAUUGACCGAUACUUCCCUAACAUAACUUUUGUUGCUACAUCAGCUUUUGUGGCUACCUGGGAUAGUGUGCCAUACCAAAAUGGUGAAGGGGAGGUCACGUUCCAAGUGGUUUUAGUCUCCAACGUCCAUCGGUCUUUCAUCCUCAUCAACUAUGGAGACAUUGCAGAGACAGAACAAAUGUGGCAGGCUGGUUACAGUACGUUGGACUCUUUGCAUUCUUUCACAAUUCCAGUGACCAGCGCCCCAGAACUCUCAUCCAGCAGCAAUAUCAAUGUGUAUGGUCGCCGCUCUUUCCAUGUGGAUGGCUCGCCGAACUUGCCAACAAAUUUCCUCGCUUCUGGGGCUGGAGACAGAGUGAACCCCCCUGCUGAGGAUGGAAGCUCCGAUGUCAUUUUCUUGCAGCAGCCUUUCAAAUACUUUGGACGCACAUACAAUCAGAUCUUCGUGAACAACAAUGGCUACUUAACCUUUACCGAGCCGCUGUCUGCCUACAACCCCAUUCUGGAUACCGCAAGAGACAUCAUUGCUCCUCUUUGGACUCGCCUUGACAAUCGACGAGGUGGAACUAUCUCCUACAGAGAGGAUACAAGCAAUGCUGUUCUGGCAUAUGUCACUGCGCUCGAAGUCAUUAAAUUGCAGCAGCCUUUCAAGUUUUUUGGACGCACACACAACCAGACCUUUGAGGUCACAUUCCAAGUGGUUUUAGUCUCCAACACCCAUCGCUCUUUCAUCCUCAUCAACUAUGGAGACAUUGCAGAGACAGAACAAAUGUGGCAGAGUGAACCCCCACUUAUCCUGAGGAUGGCUGGAGACAGAGUGAACCCCCCUGCUGAGGAUGGAAGCUCCGAUGUCAUUUUCUUGCAGCAGCCUUUCAGAUACUUUGGACGCACAUACAAUCAGAUCUUCGUGAACAACAACGGCUACUUGACAUUUACCGAGCCGCUGUCUGCCUACAACCCCACACUGGAUUCCGCAAGAGACAUCGUUGCUCCUCUUUGGACUCGCCUUGACAAUCGACGAGGUGGAACUGUCUCCUACAGAGAGGAUACAAGCAAUGCUGUACUGGCACAAGUCACUGCAGCCGUUAACCAAUACUUCCCUAACAUACCUUUUGCUGCUACAUCAGCUUUUGUGGCUACCUGGGACAGUGUGGCGUACCAUAAUGGCGGAGGGGUGGUCACUUUCCAAGUGGUUUUAGCGUACAAUGUUCAUCGUUCUUUCAUCCUCAUCUAUUAUGGAGAUGUUGCAGAGACAGGACAACCUUGGCAGGCUGGUUAUAACACCGUGGACUCUGCCAGCUCUUUCACAAUUCGGGCAGCACGUGUCCCUGAACUCUUAUCGAGCAGUAAUAUCAAUGUGAAUGCUUGCUGGUCUUUCCAUGUUGAUGGGUCACCAAACCUGCCAUCUAAUUUCCUACCAUUUGGAAACGGAGAAAUAGUAACCCCCCGUUUGGAGAAUGGAAGCUCUGAAGUCAUUAAUUUGCAGCAGCCUUUCAAGUUUUUUGGACGCACACACAACCAGACCUUUGUCAACAACAAUGGUCAUCUAACGUUUACUGAGCCGCUGCCUGACUACAUUCCCCUUCUGAAUUCUGGAAGAGACAUCAUUGCUCCUCUCUGGACUCAACUUGACAAUCGCCGUGGUGGAACUAUCUCCUGUAGAGAGGAUAGGAGCAGUGCUGUUCUGGCACUAGUCACUGCAGCUAUUGACCGAUACUUCCCUAACAUAACUUUUGUUGCUACAUCAGCUUUUGUGGCUACCUGGGAUAGUGUGCCAUACCAAAAUGGUGAAGGGGAGGUCACAUUCCAAGUGGUUUUAGUCUCCAACACCCAUCGCUCUUUCAUCCUCAUCAACUAUGGAGACAUUGCAGAGACAGAACAAAUGUGGCAGGCUGGUUACAGCACGUUGGACUCUGUCCAUUCUUUCACAAUUCCAGUAACCAGCGCCCCAGAACUCUCUUCCAGCAGCAAUAUCAAUGUGAAUGGUCGCCGCUCUUUCCAUGUGGAUGGCUCACCGAACUUGCCAACAAAUUUCCUCGCUUCUGGGGCUGGAGACAGAGUGAACCCCCCUGCUGAGGAUGGAAGCUCCGAUGUCAUUUUCUUGCAGCAGCCUUUCAGAUACUUUGGACGCACAUACAAUCAGAUCUUCGUGAACAACAACGGCUACUUGACAUUUACCGAGCCGCUGUCUGCCUACAACCCCACACUGGAUUCCGCAAGAGACAUCGUUGCUCCUCUUUGGACUCGCCUUGACAAUCGACGAGGUGGAACUGUCUCCUACAGAGAGGAUACAAGCAAUGCUGUACUGGCACAAGUCACUGCAGCCGUUAACCAAUACUUCCCUAACAUACCUUUUGCUGCUACAUCAGCUUUUGUGGCUACCUGGGACAGUGUGGCGUACCAUAAUGGCGGAGGGGUGGUCACUUUCCAAGUGGUUUUAGCGUACAAUGUUCAUCGCUCUUUCAUCCUCAUCUAUUAUGGAGAUGUUGCAGAGACAGGACAACCUUGGCAGGCUGGUUAUAACACCGUGGACUCUGCCAGCUCUUUCACAAUUCGGGCAGCACGUGUCCCUGAACUCUUAUCGAGCAGUAAUAUCAAUGUGAAUGCUUGCUGGUCUUUCCAUGUUGAUGGGUCACCAAACCUGCCAUCUAAUUUCCUACCAUUUGGAAACGGAGAUAGUAACCCCCCGUUUGGAGAAUGGAAGCUCUGA